CUCUCGUUCCUCUUCUGUCUCCGUUCCAUAUGAACAAACGGCGCGUAUAUAGCGUAGUAUCCUAUAGUAAGGAGCGGUAAGGCUUUGAACGUCCUCAGUCGAUACCCGAACAGGGUGCACGGCUGGACGUGAUUCCGUCCUCCCCUCCUAUCUACCCCACAUCAACCUCACGAAAAUAAAUUACCCUAAAUAUUAAAAUUAUCAAAGCAAAUUCAAAAAACAAAAAAAAGUACCGCGAGUUUUGAAUUCCUUUUUUUUUCUGUCUUUGGUUUUAAAAUUGGCAAAAACGAAUUGAAAAGAAAAGAAAAACAAUUACACAGGUUCCAGGUGAGUAAAACCAAUCAUCAAAAAGUGUUUGGCGGCCGCGGAUCAAGAAUCCUCUCUCCUCUAAAAAACAAAACAAAAAAACCAAAAACAAAUCCCCCCCUCCGUUAAAGAAAAACCUAAAUUACCGAAGCGCAUAGAUAAUGAGUGGCAUUUAUUGUGUGUGCGUGUAUAUGUGCCUGUGCGUUUCGUGAGUGGUUUUGACGGCAGUGUGGUAUAUAAUAUUACGGCAGCAGCAACUUGUGCACCGAUUUUUGUUCAGCUGCUGCAUUUUCGUGCGGCCCACCCGACCGUAUCUGCAUAUCCCGCCGCAGUCAGCGGACAUCGUUAUACACAUCGUCGGCUGCUUUAGCUGUCGGUUCCAGUUCAGCAAAAAAAAAAAGUGGGGAACGGAGGGGAUAAAGAAAAACUAAACCCACCUAGUUCUUUGAUCUACCUGUAAUGAAGGACCUUGCUGUUGAUGGGGUGAACAUUUCGAUGACGCGGGUUGUGCUUUAGCGUGUUGCUUCAAAGUCGACUUUUCCUGAAGCGUUUGUCUUCAUCCAGCGCUUUCACCGACCAGUUUGGUGGUUUCGAAAUUCCUUUCGACCGUAUGAAAAAAUCUCGUGACACGGCAUCAACAAAGUUGGGCCAACGCCUUUACAUCGCGGCUCGAUCCGCCAUUAACUAUGGAUAAUUUAGAACGUCGAUGCUAUUUUAACAUCUGUGCGUGAACAAAAGCAAAGAACCCGAAGACAACCUAACAAACAAACCAAAAACUUUAACCAUGGAGACCAGUCGGUUAGGACGACGGCGAGGAGUUUCCCACCAACAAGAUUUGGCGCAAAAUGAGAGCAGACGAGAUGGUAAGAAUUCACGGUUUCAUCAGAGCCAUGAACAAUUGAGUCAGAAGCAAAACGAUCGAGAUGUCCCUGCCUUAGAAGGCAACAUCCUCAUCGGUCCGACAAUAGCUAGCCGGACAAGAAACAAACCUGAAAUGGCAAACGUUGCUGACCAGAAACGAUGUUUGAGUUGCCAAGUUUCGACGGUGGAGUCGUCCAGCACUCGCCUUUCAACAGCGUCGGUUCGCCAACAACACGACCACCACCCUGGGCAAAGACGACAAUUGAGAUCAAUGCCAGCGCUCGUGUGGCUGAGUGCAGCUCUGUUACUCAUGUGCUCAUGGGGCCCAACGGCGACGCGGGCAACUCGACUUGGGCAGCACGGAACAAUAGCGACGAGUGCAGGAAGUGCCGCCGAUCACGACUAUCAUACUAGCGGAACUCACACGACGACAACGGCUGAAGACUAUGAAGAUCCUUCGCUCAUAAUCAACACGCAGGCGGGCAGAAUUCGUGGCAUGACGGCCGUCGCACCCACCGGUAAGCAGGUGGACGUAUGGAACAGCAUUCCAUUCGGACAGCCGCCCGUGGGAGAUCUACGUUUCCGCCAUCCGAGGCCUAUGGAUCCGUGGGACGGCAUUAGGGACACCCGUGACAUGCCCAACUCGUGUUGGCAGACGAUGGAUGAUUUCUUCGGCAAUUUCGCUGGCUCCACUAUGUGGAAUGCAAAUACGGAAAGGAAUGAAGAUUGUCUUUACCUGAGCGUGACAGUGCCCCGGCCGCGACCCAAGAACGCAGCUGUCAUGGUCUGGAUCUUUGGCGGAGGGUUUGUCACUGGAUCGUCGACACUUGAUGUCUAUGACCCAAAGAUCCUCGUCUCUGAGGAAUCCAUCAUCUACGUGACGCUUCAGUAUCGAGUGGCUUCUCUCGGAUUUCUCUAUUUUGACCAGCCGGGCGCACCGGGUAACAUGGGCAUGCUCGACCAGACGAUGGCCCUUCAAUGGAUCCAUUCUAACAUCGCUCUCUUCGGCGGUAAUCCAAACAACAUUACCCUGUUUGGUGAAUCGGCCGGAGCCGCUAGUGUCUCUAUGCACCUGCUGUCACCGCUCAGUCGCAACCUGUUUAGUCAGGCCAUUAUGCAAAGUGGAUCAGCGACAGCUCCGUGGGCCACAGUCGACCGAGAAGAGACCAUCAUCCGUGGACUGAGACUCGCUGAAGCUGUUGGCUGCCCACACAGCCGGGCCAAUCUCAGCUCAGCGUUGGAAUGUUUGCGGACCAUUAACGCUUCAACACUUGUCAACAAUGAGGUGGCUCCGUUGGGUAUUUUGGAAUUCUCCUUCGUACCAAUCGUCGAUGGCGCCUUUUUGGACGAGUCGCCAAAACGUUCACUAGCAACACGCAACUUUAAAAAGUGUAACAUCAUGAUGGGCAGUAACACGGAAGAGGGCUACUUCUUCAUCUUCUACUACCUUUACAAUUUGUUUCCCAAAGAAGAGAAUGUCUACAUCAAUCGAGAGCAAUUCUUGCAGUCGGUCCAGGAGCUGAAUCCGUUCGCCAACAGCAUCGCUCGUCAGGCCAUCAUCUUCGAGUACACAGACUGGUCGAAUCCGGACGAUCCAAUUCGUAACCGUGACGCCCUGGACAAGAUGGUCGGUGACUACCAUUUCACAUGCAACGUCAACGAGUUUGCACAUCGCUACGCCGAGAUGGGCGGCAGCAACAACGUUUACAUGUACUAUUACACGCAUCGCUCGUCGACCCAGUUGUGGCCAACCUGGACAGGCGUCCUCCAUGCUGAUGAAAUCAAUUUCGUUUUUGGAGAACCACUCAAUCCCACCAAAGGCUACCAACCUCAGGAGAUUGCGCUCAGCAAAAAAAUGAUGCGCUAUUGGGCUAACUUUGCCCGUACUGGUAAUCCAAGCAAGAAUCCCGAUGGUUCUUGGACCCAAGAAUAUUGGCCAGUUCACACUCCUUACGGACGAGAAUAUCUCACGUUUGCUGCUAACCAUUCCUGGGUGGGCCGUGGACCUCGACUAAGGCAAUGUGCUUUCUGGAAAAAGUAUCUACCUAGUCUCAAAACGGCUGCAGCCAAUCUGCAACAGCCGCCAGCCCAGUGCCCAACCAGCAGCGGAGUGGCUUCCUUGGAUCGACAGGAUAUUCUGACUUUCUGCUCGCUUAUAAGCGUCGCUUUGUGGGUCAUGGUUGAGCUUCGAAAUCAGUGCUGAAAUCCUCGACGAUGACGUCUAACUAUAUAUCGUCCUAACACGCCCUUAACCCACGCAUCCUUAAGACUUGGAGAAGUGCCAGCGGGUCGGGCGGCGAAAGAGAAAUCCAGGAAUAACAAUCACCAAACAAUGAUCCCGUCAAAGAUUAAUCAGCUUACUGUCGAAGAUUUUCAAAAGAGUAGAGAAUUGAAUGAUGAGAAAAGGCAAAGAAAAAAAGGACAAAAUUAUUAUUCUUUUCAAUGCAAACGACAGUAUCGUCAUUUUCUGUGGGUGCGGUCACGAUGUUCCCAUAAGAGAGGAGCAUGGUGCCAAUCAUCUCUAAUGUACUGUAGUUGAUUAUGUUCUUUUAUACAGGCCAGUAUGCAAACACUAAAAUAACCUAUCCCUCCACACCUUUCGUCAGUUGCACCAUCUCCUUUGCUCGUGCUCUUGUGAACAAUUUUUGCGUGUGAUCGCAUCUUCAGUCUAACAUUUAAUUUAAUAUCAUUAAGUCCUACAGCGAAGAGAGAAAAAAAACUGACAAAACGUACAUGAAUGAGGAAGGUAUAUGUAACCGCAGGGUUGUUGAAUUCGGUUGUGUCAAUCCCUUUCUGGGAUUGAGUUCAUUAAUCCACUUCGUACGCCACAGACUGAGAGGGCUCAUUUGUAAACCAUUGAAUAGUUGAUUAGUUGUUUUUACUUUUCUUAUCGGCAUUCCUUUGUUUCUCUCUCAAAACGUUUGAUGAUGAUUAGUUGGGUGACUUUGCAUAAACAAUUUUAUAUGCAAAUUCCGUUGAAGAAUCAAUGAACGGUUCUACAUGAAGACCUAGGCGGCGAUGACCCAAACAUUCAUCAUCAUUCGCAGCUUACAGUUCAUCACUGCCAAUAUGAGCGAACAAAAGAAGCCUGGAAGAAAAUUGCUACUGUUUUCGUUAACUUCUACACACCUCAACGGCAAACUACUUUAGAACGGGGAAACUUUGAUUGUAGUAACACAUCCAUUCUGUUGUUUUAAACGACGACGAUAACGUUCCCUGGCCUAUCCAAAUCCGUCAAAUUUACUCCUCGUUCUCAUUACAUUUACCCUGUUUCUUGUUGGUAUACAACUUCUGUUGGUUUUGCAACUCACGUUUCAUCUUUUUACUUGACUGGACUGAGCUCAGUUUUUAUUUUUCAAAGUUAAUUUGAUAUCAUAUAUUUGAAUCGGAUUUUGAUGCAUCGUCAUCUGUGCUGACAUGUUUUGUUGAUUUAUUUACUACUGAUUUUAAAUUUUUCUUUUUUCUUUAUUUUUUUUUUUUUACUACCGAUUUGACUGGAUUCAUUAUAUUUAUCAUCCUUUGGGAUAUCGCUGAAGUUUUUUAUGUAGCUCCACCAUGGACACUGCCGUUUAUCUUCAAAUUGCCUUGCUAGCCUACUUCUGUCUCAUCAUCUACCACAUGGCUCUUUAUGACAAAAACAUUUUAAUUUGUACAUAUAGACGACGCAAAAGCUGAAAAAAAAGGAAAAAGAAAAAGAAAAGAAAAGAAAAAAAAAGUCCGAAACAAAUGCAACUUAUCCAAAUGCACUCACUUUUAGACAUUUUAAUGAAGGAUAUCGUUUCUGAUUUCCAUUUCGGUUGAGUUUUGCAAAGUAAUUGCACUCUGAGGCGGUGCAUCUAUCAUCUUGCUUAACAAAACAUUUCGUUGCAUUUUCCUUUUUUGAUCGGCAAAAAGAAAAAAAAAAUUGAGAAAUUACACGUCGCAUUCCACAAUCAACAAUCAAUAUCCUUGCAAGACUAAGAAAAAAAAAUGAUUAAAAAAAUAUUUCAAAAUCUGAAAGAAAACAGGACGACAAAAGCAAAGACAUUACAGAACAAAACGCUAAUUAUUAUACCCUGGGAUAUACCUAACCUAGAUAUUAAUUGCACCUGUCAAAUGUUAUUAUUAAACAGUGUUUAUCAUUUGGAAGAACUUCGUUUCAUUUUCCAAAUUAUCAUUAAUAUUAUUAUCAUCGAUACUAGUUUUAAAAAUAAUAUUCUUAUUGGCAUGAUAUAUUUCUCGUUGUUCAAGUCGAUUCAUUGACAAAUUACUGUACCAAUUAUUAGAUGUCAUCAUGUUUCAAUUUUAAAAAAGAAAAAAAACAAAAAACAAAACAAAAAACACGCAUACACAAACUUUACCAAGUCCCAUCUCAUCCACUAUUUCCCUGUUAUAGCCCUUAAUUGGUUUUCAUCUAAAUACUUUACAAUAGCCACCGCUUGAAUAUACAUUACUCGAGUCCAACUGGUUCCUUAUUCAAAUUUGUGUAGCGUCUCUCCUUGGUUGGACAACGUUUUUCGCUCACCUGUCUCGUGAAUGUUGGCUGUUCUUUGAACGGAUGCAAAAAUACAAUUUCAAAAAAAGGA